GGGGAGGGAGGGGUGCCUGCCCCCCCACCCGCCAUGGAGAUGCAGAAGGGGAAAGGGGGUGCAGCCGCUGCAGCAGGUGGUGGAGGAGGAGGAGGAGGAGGAGGAGGAGGAGGGAAGCUGCUGAUCUACACCAGCCUGGAUGCCAAGGAUGAGUUAGAGGAGAGGCUCGAAAGAUGCGCGGGCACAGUGACCUCCCUGACCGGCGGGGUCUCCGAGCGGGAAGCCAACGACGCCCUCAAUGCGCACGUGUGCAAAGGAGCCCCACAGCACGAGGAGGUCUGCCUGGGGCUUUUCACCAUGAUCCUGAUGGAGCCUGCUCAAGCUCAGAAAUGUUACCGAGACCUGGCGUUGGUGAGCCGAGAUGGGUUGAAUACUGUGUUGAACAAGAUGAACCAGAUCCUCAUGGAGAAAUACCUAAAACUGCAAGACACCUGUCGUACUCAGCUGGUUUGGCUGCUGCGCGAGAUGGUCAGGAGCGGGAUUCUCGGCAUCGACGGGAUUUGCAUGACGUUCAUGAAGCAGAUCGCAGGUGGAGAUGUGACCUCAAAGAACAUCUGGCUGGCAGAAAACAUCCUUGACAUACUCACGGAACAGAGGUAGGCUUGGUGAGCUGGCCUGGGCAGUGGGGGUUACAAGGACCGUCUUGCUCCCCAGGAGCAAAAGACGGAGCCGGCAAAACCUUGCUCUCAUGGGGUGAUCAGGCCUGCCUGCCUGCCUGCCUGC